GAUAUAUCUUAGACCACUGUAGCACUUUACCACUACCGUAUUAGUUAUUACCAUUACUGUAAAAGUUAAAGAUCGCCAGGUGGUCGAAAUUUCCGGAGUGCCCCACUACGGCAUGCAUCGUGAUCAUACCGUAGUUUCGGCACGUAGAACCUCAGAAUUUAUUUUUAAUGUGUUUUUUUUUUCAAUCUUAGCCAAAUCUCCACCGAGUCCCCCUUCCUAUGGCCAUGCGCAUGCUUAAAAAGCCUUCCCGACCUUACCCUCGGCCCAUAGUUCGUCCAAUCGCACUGGAGCGCGCGCAAUGUGCCCGCAACGUGGCUCCAGGGUGACACACUCCGGAGUUCCAAUUUUUUUAGGUUAUUGCCAUAAAUACUUGCUGUGCAGUGGGUGCCUUGUCUCGCCAAAUCGCGGGGCACAUACCCAGAAGGAAAACACUUUCAUGCUCGUUGGGGCAACUGGCCCAUUGACGGAAUGUUCCGCAGGUGUGCGGUCAAGAGGCGAUGGGUCGACUUCAAAGCAACGGCACUGUUUCCGCGAAUCCUGUGGCGGAAGUCCCACCUCAAUUAGCCCAUCUUGCGCGCUCUCCGUCAACCACGGCUACCCCACUGGUUAUAACUCUCCCGUGCUCCUACAUGUAGCCGCCCCUACGAACAACGCUGAAACCCCACUAUCAGGUCAAGAAGUUACAACAGAAACACAAGUAAAAACUAGAAUUUGGAAGUUUCGUUCCUUCUAAAACUGCGGCGACGACGAUCUCAUCGCGUAUAGUGUGCAGAUUCCGCGGGCUUCGCGUAAAUGAAACAGCGCGCAGGGGAAGGCACGAUUCACAGGCGCACUGUCGGCCACGCAGUGGAUAGACGCGAAAGCUGCGCUCACACGGAUUCCCACAGAGCGUGCGAUGUGCAUGAUUUCCCCUGACAUUCGUAAUUUGGGCUAUCUUAGGCGACAUAAAGUUCACGUUGUGGCCCCAUAUACGACGGUUCGCCCACGGGAUGUUAAUCUCUGCUUUUAUAAUAACAGAGCUUUUGCAAAAUUUUGGUGGCGAAAGAAAGUGCAGAGAGCAACGAAGAUGGAAAAUUCUUCAGUGUUGUCAAAUCGUACGCUCUUCUUUAAUUCUAAAUUGCUCCCCACUUGUGUGCAAAUACCAAAUUGUACUAAUAUACCAACAUACCAAAAAAGCUGAAAGUGCGCGCGAGAUAAAAGGCACAGAGCCUUGCUGGAAUUUCGACAUCUGGGUAAAAGAAUCGAAAGCUUCCUGUAGCUCGUUGGAUUUGUUCAGGUGGGACGGAUGUAUAGUCUCUGUUUUGCGGUCGACUCAUAUUGGUUCACGCGGACAAGGUCGCGCUUCUCAUUUAUAUUCAAUAUUUUUACAUAUUAAAUAUCAAAUACGCCGCCUCACCUGAGUCAACUAUCGGCGCUUAAAGCGCUCUGUAGGUCAAUUGAUUCCGCCUCCUUUAACUGCUUUCAUGUUUUCCCGGAAUGCGCCUUUUCAUUUCGAUUUCUUAUGUUCACGUGGUUUUUUUUUAAUGCCGUCGUUUUAUUUUUUCGACCCACGUGGAACACAACUAACCUGGCCGAACGUCCAUAUCAGGAUAUUCUAAUCACCGCCGAGGUUUUGUCGCCUCCGUACUGGGUCUUCCGAGGAUGGCAUAUUUCCCAAGAACUAAUGGCAUGACAGCGUCGAAGUAAGUUGGUGUGUCCGUUUGCAGUUUCCUCGGUCGUAGUCAUCAUCUGUGCGCGAUCAGUACCUUCUUAUACUUCUUAUACAAUAUAAGACGCCUUCUUACGAAGAAGGGACCUUAUAUUGGCCGACUGACCAGCAAUUUUCGACUAGAAGUUUAACUGCGAAUUUCGCCCGUGCUCCUAUAAUGAAUUCUGCUAUCCUUUUAUUGCUCCCUCUGGAGUCCUAUCUCUACGUGACACUCCGCGUGGUAGUGGCAGCAUAAAAAUAAUUUCAAGUUUAGCGGCUAUGGAAGACGAGCUCGCAUCCUCGGCCAAAGCGUGCAUAUGUUUCGUUUCCAUGAGCUCGACGCGAGCGAGUCGAGUCAGAAGUCGGGCUGGCCUAAACCGACUCGACCAGCUAUACAUACACGCCAACUCGCCCCGACUUUGUUGGCUUCAUUUUAAUGCAACCCUAUAGAGGGGUAUUCCAAUGGUCUAGAACUCUCAAAAAGCAAUGUGCCACAAGCAACAACGUGCGAGUACCUAUGCUAUUCUCGUUGCAGAAUGGCGUAUUCGAGAGUAGGUAACUUUGGUAGUAGCGUGUGUGCGUACGCGGGGAGACGGGAUCCAAGAGGAGGCUAAAAUAUUGGAAGCGCUACGCAGGCUGCGAAUGUCAGAUAAUCGAGUUUGACAUCUUGAGCUCUGAUAUAAUAAUACUUAGCUAUUGAGGUAGACGGACCUCGUUUCCGUGGCUGUAAUAAAAACAGUCUUUAAUCACUGCAAAUAAAUCCUAGUGCAUUCCUAUAAAGAAAGGAAAAGAAAAGGCAGCAAAUGAUCUACCUCUUCAGUCCACAUCAGUCAUGUCAUAUACCCGACAGGAAGAAAACCUGCGCAUUCAGCGCCAGGCUCCUUCACUUGGCGCUGUUUGCGAUCGCCGGAGCCACCGUCAUCCAGGGCGCGCCGACUGGACGUCACAUCUGUGUCGACGGUGAUCAGCGAGACGUCUGCGCUAACGCGGUCGUUUCGAGUGGGGCUCGUGUGGUGCAGACACCGGGGCAGCGCACGGGAGAGGAGGAGGAUGCCGUCCAUCUCUGUAGGCAACGUCGUCAGACCAAACUGCUGUGUCUGGGCAACGCCGUGGUCACCACACUGGUCAGCACGCUCCUGGAGAGGAACCGCGAUAGGAUCAAGGAGAACGAGCCGAUCUACAUCGGCGGUACGCAGAACCUGGGCGUCAUCGUCCUCAAGAACGGCAGGGGAGUGAACGUGCACACGGCGUUCUUCAACGGUGAAAUUAACGUGGACUGCAUCUCGGACCCGAAUUGGAUCUCGAUCACAUUCCCCGUGGGCAUUCGCAACCCGGACAUCGUGUUCGACUACGAGCUGCCCGGUGGCCUUCUCUCGGGCGAGCUGAAGGCGCGCUUCGAGCUCUUCGGGGCCAACGUGGUCCUCCGGUUGCCAAAGGACCGCAGCGGAGAUCUCAAACCAUACAUAGCAGACGUGAACUUCUGGUCCACGCAAGGAUUCAAGAUGGAGAUCACCGGAAUGGGACCCGUGUCGUCGGUGCUGACCACCGGCCUGACCCUGGUGUACCAGCUUAUGCCCAUGCCGCUCAUGGAGUUCUUCAGGGUGCUCAUGAUGCGCGUCAUGCAACAGUUUCUCGAGACCGCACCCCUGCCUUUCUGAGCAAUCUUGUUGGUGUGGGACACACUCCUUCACUGGACACGAGACAAACAAAGCCGCUGCCGUGGAGAAAGUGCCUGCAGGAAUCAAAUAUGUUCAUUCGAUAUCGGCGGCACUUCCGACUGCAGCUCAACACCGAGGGUGGUACAUGAUGGUGCAGCGAACACUGCACCACUCUGGUGAUUACGCCGGUACUCGGAGCCACUCCGCCCGAAAGACGCGCUCCUGUUUGUAUGCCUGAAUAACGACGCUUGAAAAGCAAUCAACAUAAGAGCGCGCAUCAACAGAAAAUGUCGGUGUAUGUGCGGUAUGCACCGUCUCCUGCAGUCGAGGUAGGAGAUUUAUUACGUGCAAGAAUCGCAGUUUUAGAAUGCAGAUUUUGUUGCAAACAGCAACAACAAAAACUUGGCAAACAAAGCCGAUUUACAGCACUUACGGUCUCUAUUUGAAUGCUAAUAUGCCUUCAUUCGUAUCCUCCACGGUGCCGCAUUUCUUGUGAAUAAUGCAAGACGACUACCUGUUUGCAUGAUUCACUCUAAAAGCCAUAGUGUGCUGACGCCCAUUGGCUCAUCUUUCGGUCUUUUUCCUGCAGAUUGUCUUUUCCAACCAAACCUGCAUCUACUCAAGUUGGCUCACGGUACUCUGUGCCCUUGUAUUAUACUGCGCACGGUACUCGAUGGCAAAGGGGUGUGCUCAGGCAGCAGCUUCAUUUGUGCUAGCUGGAAGUUCUAUUCUGCAAUUUCCUUCGGGCACGUCGUAGCGCACCACAUGUCUACAAAAAGUCGUGCCAAUUGCCCCCAAAUUCGCACUUUCUGGCUACCUCGUCUCUACUUCGAAAUAAAAGUGAAUGCGUCUACUGUGAUGAAAA